CCUGCAGCAGGGAUCGCUCGCUCCCGCUCGUUUGCGUCGCCGCCGCCGCCCGGGGCCGUGUGUCCCCGCUGCCCCACGCCGUCUCGCCGAAAAGAGCCUGGCGCACCGGGCCCGGCCCGCCGGCAUCCGCUGCGCGAGCGUCCGCCUCCAGGCUCGGUGUCUUUGCAGCCGCCGCCGCCGCCGGCACUGCCUCGAUGUUCCAGCUGCCCAUCUUGAAUUUCAGCCCCCAGCAAGUGGCUGGGGUAUGCGAGACCCUGGAGGAGAGCGGCGACGUGGAGCGAUUGGGUCGCUUCCUCUGGUCGCUGCCCGUGGCCCCUGCGGCCUGCGAGGCCCUCAACAAAAAUGAGUCGGUGCUCCGCGCGCGAGCCAUCGUGGCCUUUCACGGUGGCAACUACCGCGAGCUCUACCACAUCCUGGAAAACCACAAGUUCACCAAGGAGUCGCACGCCAAGCUGCAGGCGCUGUGGCUGGAGGCGCACUACCAGGAGGCUGAGAAGCUGCGCGGCCGGCCCCUAGGGCCGGUGGACAAGUACCGCGUCCGGAAGAAGUUCCCGCUGCCGCGCACCAUUUGGGACGGCGAACAGAAGACACACUGCUUCAAGGAGCGCACGCGGCACCUGCUACGGGAGUGGUACCUGCAGGACCCAUACCCCAACCCCAGCAAAAAGCGUGAGCUCGCCCAGGCAACAGGACUGACCCCCACGCAGGUGGGCAACUGGUUCAAAAAUCGCCGACAAAGGGACCGAGCGGCUGCAGCCAAGAACAGACUCCAGCAGCAGGUUCUGUCGCAGGGCUCCGGGCGAGCGCUUCGAGCCGAGGGCGAGGGCGUGCCCGAGGUGCUGGGCGUCGCCGCCAGCCCAGCCGCCAGUCUAUCCAGCAAGGCAGCCACUUCGGCCAUCUCCAUCACGUCCAGCGACAGCGAGUGCGACAUCUGAGCUGCCCGCCCCGCACGCACAGAAACAGAAUCCAGUGUAAAAAAAAAAAAUCUAACAGCGAGAUAAACACAAUGAAGGAAGGAGAGAGGAUGAGACCAGCAUAUCCGGCGCCGGAGGAGCCAGGUGGCCAGGGAUCCGCGGGCGCAGGCUGCCGUGUCCGCCCGGCGGCCGGCCUGGCCCCACGGGCGCCCCACAUCCGCAACCAUCGGGGCCCGCAGUGAGGCCUGACCCAGGGCCACGUUCUCCUCGCCUUGUUUUUUUCCGGAGGGUUUUGCUGCAAAGAGGCCUUCGAAACGCGAACUGCACGCCGAGCGCCUGCCCUGAGUCUCCCGUGGGUAUUUCAUGCCGAAAGGACGCUGUCAUAUGUGUAUAACUUUUGCUUUAAAGCUUUUUUUUUUUUUAAGAAAACAAAACAUAUAUAUGCUGUUUAAUUGUUAUUUAAGAGACUGCCGUGGUAGGUUUCUCUGUUGCUUGGGGAACUUCCUGUUUCCAAAACUCGCAGGCUGGUGUGUUCUGUGUGGAGAAGCCAAACAAUAAAACAACUUGGUGGGCAACCUUUCUUAAUCAUGGGCGCUGCUCUCAGAUUCCUACAAAACAGAGCCCCCCAACAUCCCCUGCACUAGGCAGGGACCCCUGUGCAAAUGGUCUCACUGAAGGCCUUCUCUACAUUUUUUUGCCUUCUCUAAGAUCAUAUAGUGUAAUUCUAAAACAGCCUGUGGCAGGCCCAUAACCACCUCGCAUGCAUUAUGAUAUGUUUAGACCUAGCAAUUGGCAACAUGAACGUUGCCCCAGUAAGGCAGCUCUCCACCUCGCCAGCACAGGGACCUGUGGGCUGUGCACCUGACACUUGUUUUGUGAAAUGUUCACAGCUCUCACAGUUGUAUAUUUAGGAAGCCACACUCUGGGACUCAAGUAGUGAGCCCGGUUAGACAGGCAAAAGAUAUAGGAGAGCCUGUAAAUAACUAGAUGAGCUUUUUCUUGCUGCGGAAGCCAGUUUUAAUCAAAUGUGUGGUUUUCAACAAAAAGGGGAAUGGGGGUAAUUGUGUCACAUACUGAGGAUGAAACAGGCUGCAGAGAAAUGAUUGCUAUUUUAAAAGUCUUAAUCUCUAUAGUAAACUUGAAAUAAGCAUCAAGAGUCUCACCAUUCCGGUAAUGGCCUCAAGCAUUUAAAAUAUUCUUAGUAUUUAAUUCUUUUGUUUUGUUUGCAAGCCACAUACAUAUAUUCCACAAAAACCACCUAUCAUUCUUGUACCAAGAAAAGUAAAUGCUAUCCAGAGUCUAAGCUUUCUUCCUAGUGGAACGGAUUGCAUAUUAUAAAAUUUGACACUGAUCUUUAAAUCCCUGGAGCUGGACCCCCCCCAUCCUCCCACCCCGCACCCCAUCAGUGUCCUUUCGCUUUGCCUCUGUCAUUAGAAGAUGCUCUUUGAAUCAGAAGCCUACUAACUUCUUCAGACAGAAGUGCUGAAGUGCAAACCAAAUAAAAAUAAGCGAAAUCAUGGACGACAAAAAAGCAGUCAAAUGACAAGAUACAUAGUGGAAGCCCAGGGCACGGGUAUGGGUUGAUUUUAGUUUCUCAGUCACUUAAACAGAUAUGGUUCAUUUGGCUUUUAUAAAUGACUGUCGUUUUAUGCCAUGGCUUUUAUGCAAAGAAUACCUGAAAAUCAAAACUCUUUUUUUUGCACAAGAUCUGUGGAUGGAAGGACAGGAGAAAUCUUCGUAACCAAUCUGGUGUUCUUCCCGAAAGCAAGCAAAUACACUUCUGUGGGUCCUGAAAAGCUAGGACGAUUGAGCUAUAGAGUUUUCCUAGAGCCCCCGCUAGUUCCUGGAGCGCCGAGCAGCAGGUCAGGGCUCAAGGAAGGGAGAAGAUCACAUUGAAGGCGACACACAUUCUCCAGGCUGCGUCAGUGCAGCACGUACAAGACUGGGGCUGAGUGCCUUCUCACAUGCUGCAUCUCUGGGGCCUCCCGUGUCACCCCGGCCCAGGCAGUAUUGCCCUCCAACAAAAACCCAGGUAGUCCCUGGAUUCUUCGCCAGCUAAGCAGCUGUCCAGAACCAGCAUUUGGAAAAGUUGGUGGGCAAAUUUUAUCUCUUACCUCGAUAAUUCCAGAUCCAAGAGGGAAGAGAAAAGACUAGGGAGUGGAAUGGCAUGAAGGAAUUUGAUAUUCUAAAAAUCACACCCCACUCGCAGUGCAAACGAUACCUAAAAGCAGUGGGAACUGUCCCUCUGCCAUCUCAAGAAAACUGCUAGGAACAAAGCGUUCUCUUUGCAAAAUAACUUUGAAAUGACACUUAAUUGCUUGGGGGGUAGGGGUGGGGGAGGGAGAGCGCCAAACAGGGAAGAAUUUUUCUUCCUGCUUUGGUGAAAGUCUUUAAAUCUACCCUAAAGUUAACAUGCUGCCUCGGGAAUAUGUUUUAAAGUAGCUAUUUUGCUUCAUCAAUCUAAGGAUUGAUUUCUCUGGUUUCACUUUACAAUCUUAAGGGGGUAAUAUGUCAUUUAAAAUAUUUUUGUAAUGUUUAUCUAAAAUCUGAUUGCCCCUUACUGCCUUGUGAAUAAUCAGUUCUUUAGCGACAGACCCCAUGUGGAAAUUAACCUGAAUCUCUUCGCACUGAGAUUUAUUUUAUUUUAAUUUAUCCUAAUGUUCCCAGGGACAUGUAUUGUAGAGUUUUUUUUUUAAAUUAUCUCAGUUUUAUCCUGAUCUAGAGAGGGUGUUGUUUUAUGAUUUUUGUUGGCUUCUUGGUUUGUUUGUUUAAUCGAGGUAGUAGAAAGGCUGACUUCUCAAUAUGAUGGGCUUCUUUUUCUGUAAUUCUGUCACGAUUUCCCAAAAGCAGUUGCAGCAGCAGAGUAGAAAGCAGUAUUUUUUUGCAAUCCAAUGGACUUGGCGGAGGUGAGGAUAGUACCUCUCGCCGCAGCACAGGUUCUCUGACAGCCCAUGAAUAGUUCAAUCAGCCUCGGAUUCCACCGAAAGAGGGACGGCCCCGGCUUCCCUCCGGCCUCCGCCCGCCGCUCCCCAGCCCCUACUCCAGCCCCUUCCCCAGUUUAUUUAUAAAAAUCUGGGCAGGAGGGGACGAGAGGCCGGGGCUGGAGUGUGGGGGUAGAGACUUGCUCUUUGUUUACGUUAAACAAAUGACAGGCAAAGAGCUCCAGCAAAGUCUUCCUUGACCUCGUUCUCUCUCCCUAAUUUUAACAAAAAGGGGAAAAAAUAUUGUGUCCACAGAGGACGCGAACGGGGCGGGAGGCGACGGGCAGCGCUCGGCGCUCCAUUCAGCGGGGACGCGGGAGCGCGGACGACUUCCGCUCCCAUUGUGAGGCGGGGCCGGGGGCGGCGGCGAGUGGGGGGUCCGCCGGGCGGCCCGCGGCGCUGUCAGGCGGCUCAGCGUAAUCAGGGCUAAUGACGGCGGCCCGGCGCUCGGCGGGACAAUGCGCGGGGCCGCGGGGUUCUGUCGGCCUGAAUGGCUAAUAGACAAAGGGGCGUGAGGACGGCCGCGAGGCAGAACUGGCAGCGUGGCGCUCCGGGCCCCAGCUCGCGCCGUUUCCACCCGCCCUGGGGUUUUGCUGUGUCCCGAAGACGUCCCCUGCCUGGCUGCCGGCGGGCGACCCACCAGCCUUUCCCACCUGCGCGAGCGCCUCUGGAGCCCGUGGGCUACCCCCCCCCCAUCCCCCGAGAAUCUUCCAUUUCCUUGGGAAUGCCCCCACUGCCCAUUAUUUAGACUAAGCCUGUUUUCGCCCUGUACCACAUCUGUGUAUUCAUUUGCUUCCAUGUUUGACUCCCUUCGCUAGAGUGUAAGCUGUUCAGGGGCACAGGUGGAGCCCUGCUCACCGUUGUAUUCCCAGUACCUAGCCUAAGCAGUAGUUCUCAAUAAAUAUUUUAAAACCGAAUGAAUGAAUGGCUCUUCCUUGAAGGCUGUCUGCUCCCAUCUUAGUCGGGGACUUCUGCUAGUUUUGAUUUAUUUGAACGGCAAAGAUGACUAACGAUUGGCUGCACCCAAAGUCCGCUUCAAUCCUCUCCUCUGAAAUUGACUGGCUCUUGCUUGUCAGGUUCUCCGGGAUGAGUCUCCGAAGUUCAUCCGGUUUUUCUUUGAACACUAUAAAAUAGAAUUCCUAGGAUUACCUGAGUAAGGGAGGUUUCCACUUCCAAGCCGACUGCUAGAGUUUGAAUGUGACCCUCCAAACUCAUGGUGCAACUUAACCCAGCAAUAGCACUGGGACAUGGGGCCUUUAGGAGGUGGUGACGCUUGGGGGCUCUGCCUUAGUCAGGGGGCCCCGUGCUCUUAUAAAAGGGCUGGAGGGAGUCUGUGGGUCCCUUUUGCCCUUCUGUCUUUCUGCCAUUUGAGAACAGGACACCAAGCCCUUCUGUCAUGUGAGGAUACAGCAAGAAGGCAUCCUUUUUUUUUUUUUCCCCCGAAGAUUUAUUUCUCUGAGGGGCAGAGUUACAGAGAGAGGGAGAGACAGGUCUUCCAUCUGCAGGUUCACUCCCCAAAUGGCCGCAAUGGUCAGAGCUGGGCUGAUCUGAAGCCAGGAGUCAGGAGCUUCUGCCAGGUCUCCCACGCAGGUGUCGGGGAUCAAGCACUUGGGCCAUCUUCUGCUGCUUUCCCAGGUCACAGCAGAGAGUUGGAUCAGAAGAGGAACAGCUGGGACAUGAACCGGCAUCCACAUGGGAUGGCGAUGCAACAGGCAGAGGCUACAGCGCUGGCCCCAAGCAGGUGCCCUCUUAGAAGCUCCCAGAACUUCCCACAGAGCUGCCAGUGUCUUGAUCUUGGACUUCACAACCUACAGAACUGUGAGAAACACAUUUGCAUUAUUUUUCUGUUACCCAGCCUGAGGUAUUUCUGUUAUAACAACAGGAACAGACUAAGAAAAUAAUCCUUCCUGUCCGUCUCUCCCUUUCCCUCUCUCUCUCUCUCUCCUCCAUAUCCCACUCUCCUAUUCCCUCUCGACCUACCAAAAAAAAAAAAAAAAAAAGGUAUACUACAACAAAGAAUCACAAGCUCAGAUCAGGUGUCCACUUUGAAAGGUUUGGAUUGGCAUCAUAUCCCCAUGCUCAGGCCAACCUAUGGGGGAAAGUUGUAUUCAUUAAAAUCUUGAAUCAUGAAAGCCCUGUAAAAAUCUACUGUAUACCUAACUCACCAUCA